UGUUAGUUAUGGUAACUUCAAGUCCCUAGAACAAAUGCACAGAUUUAUACAUACCACUGUUAAAAUAACCACCAUGUUCAUCACGUAAAAUCUACUUAUAUGAUGUUAGGGACAUGGAACAAUACCUAAGUACUUGGGCGCGAACUCAAAGAAACCAAUUGAUUUACUCUUACCCGCACCCGAGAUAUUGGAAAUUGAAAGACCUUUGAGCAUUUUCAAGGUUUUGCAGAACAAUUUCAUUUUAAGAUUCAUUUUCUAUGACAGAAAUUCAUUCAUUUUUAAGUUAAUUCUACUUCUACAACUACUACUGUCUUUGUAUGCAAGUGUUAAUUAGUACGGUAAACAAUGGCCAAAGAUUUAUUCGCAGUCCUACGACAGAAUAAUGAACUACCAAAUCUUCCAUCAUCAGAAGAAGCCGUCGUAGUAGAUGGUGGUUCUCAAAUGGAUCUUUUCUUUAGUGAAGUUGAAUGGAUUCGAAGAGAAAUUGAAAAGACUCGCAUAGAAAUAAGUCAAGUUAAAACAAAACAUGGUGAAAUUUUGUCAGCACUUCAACAAAAUCCAAAAACAAAAACACAACUAGAAGAAUUAAAUGAGAGUAUUACACGUUCAGCUAAAGAAAUUCGACUUAAACUAAAAUCAUUGGAACAAACAAUCAGAGAACAAGAAGCUAAAGAUGCUACAUCCGCUGAUUUGCGUAUUCGUAAAACUCAGCAUUUUGCAAAUAUUAAAUUAUUCAUGGAUGCUAUGACCGAUUAUAAUAAUAUUCAAAUUGAUUUUCGUGAUGCUAACAAAGCUCGUAUCAAACGACAAUUGGAAAUAGCUCAACGGUCAGUUACAGAUAAUGAACUGGAAAAUAUGCUUGAAUCUGGAAAUCCACAGAUUUUUACUCAAGGAAUUAUAACAGAUACUCAACAAGCUCGUCAAAAUCUAGCCGAUAUUGAAGCCCGUCAUGAAGAUAUUAUGAAACUAGAAAAGAGUAUUCGAGAAUUACACGAUUUAUUUAUCGAUAUGGCUUCAUUGAUUGAAACACAAGGUGAACUUGUUGAUCGAAUCGAUGUCAACGUUAAACAAACACAGGAUUACGUUGCUGAGGCUCGACAGGAAACUAAAAAGGCAGUUGUAUACAAGAAAAAAUCUCGGAAACCUGAUUGAUUUUAAUGAUUGAAUGAACGAUAUCAUCAGUGGAUUUGUUUGGAUAAAAAUAACAAAAAGAUUAGUUGAAUUUUUUUGUUUUGGUUAUUCCAAUAUUCCCGUUGUUGAUGUUAAACUCUCCAAGUGAUCACUCUCUUGGCUAUGGAAUAUCCUAUGCGGAUUUCAGACGAGUUCCCAAUAGGACGAACAGCACAUCCUGGCUUCUACUGUUACCUACUAUUCAACUCUGCUUAAAACGGUAGUUUAUUUAGUAAUAUAGUGAUGAAUUGUACUGUUUGUUUAAUCCAUUAUGGCUAAGUAAUUAUGGAAAUUUUUUCAUAAAUUAAUAUGAUUUACUUAAUCCCUAAAACUUUUUAUGUAGCUGGGACUGAAGUACCAAUUCAUAAACACUGAUGAAAAUUCUUUGAUCAAAUUAUCACUCUUUAUUCUAAUACUCUAUUAUUACGUAAUUAUUUGAAUGUCGUAAUCAUUCAUCUUGAUGUUUCAACGACGUAGUCUUUUCUUUUUUAUGUGAUGACAGGUAGCUAGUGUCAUUCAGCACGUACUUAAUAUGUAUAACUCAAUAGUGUAGCAUCUCAAAAUUACACUUGACUAUCGGAUUGCACACAUAACUUUUCUUGAAGUAUAUGUAGCAUUACAAACUUUUUUGUAUCACUGUAUAAUAGCAAUGUUUAUUCAAACUUUCAAAUGGUUUCUAUGCCCAAACAUUCAUUUCUAUUUACAUGUAGAUUUGAGCAGAAUAUCAACAGACAUAUAAGUGCAUUCAGUUGAUAAAUUCCCUAUACAGUAUGAAGUGAAUGCCCUCAAUUCCACUGUUAAUCACAAUCCAUCUGUGUAUUUUUUUUUAAAUAAAAGAAUAUAAAUAUUUUUAAAACCAUAGAUAGUCCCCAUGGUAGAACGAAACAGUCGUCCAGUGUUUCCAGAUUUUCCAUGGUGGUCUAGCUUCAAUUGACUCAUGAUCUCAACUAUUAAAAUUACUAUAUUAUCCACCAAACCCCUUCUGAUAUAAUUAACAGUUCAAUGUAGAUAGAUAGUUACAAAAAGCCGUCAUGUAACUUUGAACGUACACUAAGCUAAUACAAAGCGGAACCGUGUGAACUAGAAAAAUUAGAAUGUUUUACUAAGUUUAUAUUUAACAUUUAAUAUAAUCCAUUUGAAAGAAUGAUGGAUGAAAUUAUCCCUUUAAUAAUUAUCAGAAGGGGUUUGUGGAGAUUUUUAGAAAUUUUCACAGAUUGAAAUCAUGAGUCAGUUGAA